AAAAGAGUAUUUAACGGCGAACGUAGAGUUAACUCGCAAUACUAGAAGCUGCAGAACAAUGACAGCCAUGUAUUUGUUUACUAUCGUUUCACUGUGUGUUUGGACUUACGCAAAUGGCGGCGUUGCUAUGGAUCGGAUCCAACCUAUUCGCCCAAUUGGUCCAAUAAGACCAGUAAAGCCGUUUACGAUGCCACCGCCGCCGAGUUCCCAGGCGCCACUUGAUCUGGCAUUCAUCAUGGACACAACCGGAAGUAUGUCAUCUUACAUACGUACCGCAAGGGACAACAUUCGGAGAGUUGUGAACGAAAUUGUGCAGGGCUCCAGGACCGACAUCCGUUUUGCUCUGAUCGAAUACAGGGACCACCCGAAAGAAGAGAGCACGUUUGUCAUCAGAAAAAACGAUUUCACUUCGUCUGUUUCCACAAUGAAAACUUGGCUUAGCAAUGCUCGGGCCAGGGGAGGCGGUGAUACACCGGAAGCAGUUGCCGAAGCCCUUCAUUCUGGAACUACACUGUCCUGGCGACGAAGGGCUGUGAAAAUCGCAGUGCUCGUGUCUGACGCUCCGCCUCAUGGUUUGGAUCCCUCUAUUGACAACUCUUACCCCCAGGGAUCUCCCAACGGUCAUGACCCUAUCGACAUGGCUCAUAAGCUUUUGCGAAAAGGCGUCAAACUUUAUACCGUUGGUUGCGAGCCUGCAAUUUCUCCUUAUAAAGACUUUUUCAUGGCACUAGCUUACAUUGCUAGUGGUCAGUACAUUCCCUUGAACCGACCAGAAGUGUUAAUCGACGCAAUCAUUGGAGGCGCUAAAGAAGAACUCUCACUGCAACAGUUUUCUGCCGACGUUCAGCGUGAAAUCCAAAAGAAACAGGCAUCCGGUGGAACAGUGGACAGGGCAGUAAUUGCAAAAACGGUGUUUGAUCGAUUAAAAAGUCAGAAUACGAAAACGACACAUCUUUUGCGCAACAAUAAACCUCUUGGGGGACCGACAAGCGGGGCCAAAGCAAUAGCGGCGACAAUCAGCUUGGCAGAAGCCAGGAAAGUAUUUGUAAAAGGUAGUGCAUCGGUUUCUUCUGUAGGGUCCGCUUUGAGCAAAACGAGAAAAAUGGGUAGUAGACUUAAAUCCACGAGCGUGAAAAAGGCAAUGGGUUCUUCCGGUUCCGGUGGAAAAGAGGCGUUUACAGCUGUGAAGGCUGCAGUUAGUUUCGACCAAAUCAAACGGCUAGUGAACUCGGAGGCAGCAAAAGCUGGUGUAUAAUUUGUUCGGCAUUAUUUUUUUAACUAAAAGUUAAAGCUACCACACCCACAACCCAGUUCGAAGGUAUUAUAUCAAUUACGAUGGUGGUCGAUGACGUAACUGUUUUGUAUCAUGUUUCACAAAGACAACGUUCAAUAACUAUGACACAGUAUAAGUGAAUAGCCAUGUAAUCUAUCUACUAAUAUAUGCUUGUAAUCCGCGCACAUGUUAUAUUUCCGAUAUGGUAAUGCAUUACAUUAAUGAUGUAAAUUGUAUAUGUGUAUGUGUAUGGAAUACAACUUAUAAUAUAUUCA